AUGACCAGGUGGCUGGCGAUGGUGACGCUGAUAGCGGUGGCAGGGGCGGUGAGGGGGUGGGAUUGCGUCUGCAAUCCAAUAGAGUGCGAGCCUUUAGAACCAAGUGGUUGUCCAGGCUUAGGAAUCAUCGUGUGGGAUCCUUGCAGGUGCUGUAAGGUGUGUGCGCGAACGGUUGGUGAAGACUGCGGUGAUUUCAGGGGGACGUGUGAACCUGGUCUAAAAUGUUAUGAGGGGUCAUGUGCACCUAUUACGUGA